GCCAUUUGUUCUUGAGGUUGCCUAACCAAUUUCACUCUAUCUUGACGGAUAUCUCAGCGCCAGCCCCUUUGGUCGUGUAUGUCAUGUCUGCAGCUAAAAAAAAUCCGGUGUCACUUUUGCAGUGGUAAGUUCUCGGCGUCCCAGACCAUCCACUCCCUUCCCUCUCCCGGUCCCGACUUCUAGCUCGGAGCUUCAAGGUUCAGCUGCCGAAAACUGACGACGACCUUGCUCGGCGCGCCAUUUAGAAUUCCAGAAAUUUAGCCUCCCUCUGUCUCUUGCUUCGCCCAAAACAUAUUCGCUCUCAGCUUUAGUUUGCCCCUAUCAGGAUUGCCUGAAUUCCACCCACCAUGAUGGGGUCGAGGGGUGGUAGAAUCCGGCCUCCUCGACGUCCCAUCAUCGGUCGAAACGAUAUUGGCGACACCGAAGCCUGUUGGAACCUCCUUCGCGAUUCCCUAACCGAUAUUCAUAACAGGGAUGCAUCAAACCUUUCGUUCGAGCAGCUCUAUAGAGCCGCCUAUAAGAUAGUACUGCGGAAACAAGGAGAUCUGCUCUACGACAGGGUCAAGGCGUUCGAGGAACAAUGGUUUGCCGACCAUGUCGUUCCCCGUAUACAUGGCCUUCUCUCCAAGCAGCUCGUCAGCGUGUCACUCCUUCAGCCGCCUACUUCGAGCACCAACGAGCGCCGCCAGAUGGGCGAGAAGUUUCUGAGGGGCGUGAAGGACUCAUGGGAAGACCACAAUAUGUCUAUGAAUAUGAUCGCCGACAUCAUGAUGUACCUGGAUCGCGCCUACACCCAGGAUUCGGGCCUUCCUUCGACAUGGAGUGCCACAAUUGGUCUUUUUCGAGAUCACGUCCUUCGAUCUGGCCUAGGCAGCCUCGCCGAUGAUGUGGAUCACGAAUGCAUCAUAUUUGACAUACUUAAUGCCGUGGUGCUGGACUUAAUCAAUAUGGAAAGAGACGGGGAUGUCAUCGAUCGCAGCUUCAUCCGUGCCAUCAUACAUAUGCUGGAAGUUCUAUACGAGACCGACCACGAGCAAGACAACCAGAAGCUCUACCUGACCGUCUUCGAACCAGCAUUCCUCACUGCAAGUCGAGCUUUCUAUCAAAACGAGUGCCAGAAGCUGGUCCGCGAGGCGGAUGCGAGCACAUGGCUCCGCCACACGCAACGACGCCUGGUCGAGGAGCAGGACCGGUGCAAUACAACCAUAUCCCCACCGACGUACGAAAAGGUCGCCAAGGUGAUUGACGAGGACCUGAUCUCUGCGCACAUGGAGGAAUUCUUGGCCAUGGAGGGCAGCGGUCUGAAGAUCAUGAUCGACAACGACCAAAUCGAAGACCUCUCCAUUCUGUAUCAACUCAUCUCCCGAGUCGAUCCAAACAAGACGCAACUUAAGAAUACCCUUCAGGUUCGCGUCAUGGAUCUGGGCUUAGACAUCGAGAAGGCACUUAAAAACACGGAUUUCUCAGUGCCAGCUCCCAGCGGAGAGGGUGACGAGGCGUCGAAGGAGGUGCAAGAAAAAGCUAAAGCUCCUCAGCCUCUUAGCGCCACGGCGCAACAGACGGCAGCGGCAAUAAAGUGGGUGGACGAUGUGCUGACGCUGAAGGACAAGUUCGACUACCUGUGGGUUCACUGCUUCAACGAAGACCUGAUCCUGCAGUCGGCCGUGACCAAGAGCUUUUCAGACUUUAUCAACAUGUUCAACCGGAGUUCCGAGUACGUGUCGCUCUUCAUUGACGACACUCUGAAGAGGGGAGUCAAGGGGAAGACGGAGGCAGAGGUAGACACGCUUCUAGACAAGGCAAUCGUCCUCCUCCGAUAUGUUACCGAUCGGGACAUGUUCGAAAGAUACUAUCAGAAACACCUCGCCCGAAGGCUGCUGCAAGGUAAAUCCGACAGUCAGGACGUCGAGAAGGAGAUGAUCUCCCGCAUGAAGCAAGAGGUGGGCAACCACUUCACGACCAAGUUUGAGGGCAUGUUCAAAGAUAUUGAACUCUCGAGAGACAUGACGGAGAAUUACCGGGAGCACAUCCGCAGCCUUGGGGACGUGGAUGUCAGGCAAGUUGAUCUCUCCAUCAGCGUCUUGACCACCAACAACUGGCCGCCGGAUGUCAUGGGCCGUACCGCGCUCCAGGAAGGUGCGCCCAAGGCCGAGUGCAAUUUCCCACCGGAGAUCAAGACCUUGCAGAGCAGUUUCUACAAGUAUUACCUCAAGGACCGGAGCGGCCGCGUCCUGACCUGGGUUGGGACAGCCGGGACCGCCGACAUCAAGUGCCUGUUUCCCAAAGUCCCUGGCAAGGAAACGGGGCCCCUGAGCAGAGAGAGGCGCUACGAGCUGAAUGUGUCUACGUAUGGCAUGGUCGUGCUGUUGCUCUUCAACGACCUGCCUGAUGGCGAAUCUCUGAGUUUCGAGGAGAUCCAGGCGAAGACUAACAUCCCCACCCUGGAUCUGGUCAGGACAUUGGCCUCGGUUUCGGUGGCUCAGAAGGCGAGGGUGUUGCUCAAAGAGCCCAUGACAAAAAUGGUGAAGGCGGGCGAUCGUUUCUCGUUUAACAGUGGCUUCUUGAGCAAGACUAUCAAGAUUAAAGCGCCGACUAUCACCAACAUCUCCAAGGUCGAGGGUGAAGAGGAGCGCAAGGAGACGGAGAAGAAGAACGACCAGACCCGAGCUCACACCGUCGACGCGGCGAUUGUGAGGAUCAUGAAGCAACGUAGAGAGCUGAGCCAUGCCAACCUCGUGACUGAGGUUAUUGGCCAGCUUGCCAGUCGCUUCAAGCCCGACGUCUCCAUGAUCAAGAAACGCAUUGAGGAUCUCCUUGCGCGAGAAUAUCUUGACAGGGGUGACGAACCUGGGCACUAUAUCUACAUGGCGUAAACGGGGAGGAGUCGGGGAGAAUAUUCUUCUCUGAUGGUUUAUUCAUACGGAGCUUUUCUUGGUCCGCGGCGUCACGAUCGGGAGGGGGCGGCAAUCAUUAAAUCAUAGCUAAUUUUCCCUUUUUUUCCCCCCGCUCCCCUUGUCCGGUUUUCUGUGUUUCUUGCAUGGGAAGCAAGGGAGUUGGGAUGGCUACGAUCCGGGCUGGUCUGGUGUCUGGUGUGAAUGAAUCAUGGCACAGGCGUUACGAACACGUUGCUCAGGAGCAUAGCAGCAUAGAUGUCAUACCACAGAAGAAUCAUUCAUCCAGAGACGGGAGCUACAUGGGAGCCUCGCAUUUCGGCCAUUAUUAUCGCAUCCACGUUUAGAGGUGGGUCUAACUAAUAAAGUUGCAACAG